CGCCGCGAUACGGAAAUGAUUUAUAAAACUGUCACGAGUUUUUGCAGCACAGUCGAUAAAGAGCGAGAGCGUCUCGAUCAUUUACGGCUAAAAAAUGUCGAUAAUUUACCGAAUAAUAAAAAUUUCUAUACCCCGAUAACCAAGCAUGCUAGCACGACGGCGCACGUUAUGCUCGGCAUGUCAUGCACACACUAUGCUGUCACUAUGUCACACUUUAUUGAUAAAGCAGACAAUGCUAGCACGGUGUUGGCACAGAAAGUAUUACAGUCAAAAAGUGAGGUUAGUUUAUUUAAUUGGCGUUCUGCAAACACAAUGCAAGCAUAUUACGAGCUGUCGUGCAGAGCAAACAGUUCAAGAUUCAAUGCGUCUUAUCAAUUAUUCGAAAUGAAUAAAAAAAAUUAUCGUCUUGUAGGUACUCUUAGUUCAAAAGAGAGUAUGCAAAAUUUAAUCACUGAUUUAAAAAAUGCGAAAAGCUUAUUGCCAUCUCAGACUACAUCUGAAAAUUCCCAAUCUCUAAUUCAUUCAAUAUCUUAUAUAAAAAAGAAACCUUUAAUUGAAAUAAAUAAAACGAUUAAUUAUGCAAAUACACAUGUUACUUCUAAUACAUCAAUAACAUCGACUAAAAUUUCAAAAAACCAAUCACCAGAGAUCUAUGUAACAUCAACACCUCACAAGAAACGUACAACAAACAAAAAUACUUUCCAGUUACAAGAAUCAUACAACCUAGAAAAUCAAAUUUCCGUUCCGAAGAAUACUUUUCAAAUAAAACCUUCAAGGAUAAAUAAUUCACAAAUCUGUGAUUCUUUGAAUAAAAGCAUUGCUGAACAAACGCAUAUUGUACAUGUUGUUCAAGAUUUAUUUAAAAAACUAAACAAACGUUUGGAUAUAAUAGAAAAAAAAGAAAGUGAAAAUCAUGCGAUGUUGUUGCGACUAACAAAAAUAAAAAAUCGAAGAGUUCAAUCGAUUCCAAAAUGUCUUCUUUUUAAAUCAAUACAAAAUUUAAUACUAUUUGACAACGCAAAUGAUGAUAUAUAUAACGAAGUUGUUGAUUAUUUUAUUUAUUUAGGUGGAUUUAAUCCUAUAGAUUGUGCUACAAUAUAUUUUAAUUGUGCUUUUGAAAAAGUUGAAAAGACUACAUUGGAAGUGACUUGGCAUGGUACAAAAGAUUUGAAAGCUUUAAAAACUACUUGCUUUGCACACGCUUGUGAAGACGCCAUUAGUUUCCGCCGUCAACAAAAACGACCAAGUUUAGAAAAUGAUGAAUCCGAAGAACCUUUUUUAAGAAGAGUAAGAAUCCCAAACAAGAGACAAACAGGAAAUACAAGAAUUUGUUAAACAUGUACGAAAAUUUGUAUUAAAUUUUAAUAUAAAUUAAGAAAAUAUCUAUAAUAUAAAAUAUAAUAUAUAUAAUAUAAAUUAAAAUAAUAUAUAUAAUAUAAAAUUUAUUAUUAAUAAA